ACUGCUAGAAAUCCUGCUAAAAACUGUGACAGGGCUCAUAUGGAAUCUAUUUGCCCCAACAGGUGGGUUGGCUGCCCAAAACUUGUUAGGGCAGAGGUGUGUCCAUAGAGACUCUUACAUUUACUACCCGGAAGACCAAAAAAUUGCUGAAAUCUCUAUUCCGAAUCAGUUUUAACUUUCAAUAAAGAAAUGGUUUAUCUGUAACUGCCAUAUCUUCAAAUCUAACUACCUUCCAAUUACAAUAUUGGCAAAUACAUCCUGUCUGAACCUAUAUAUACCCCCCCUUAAGUGAUGUUUUGCAAUCAGAACAUCAGAAAUAGAUAGAAGGAGAUGGAGAUCCCUGUGAUAGAUUUUAAUGAACUGAAUGGUGAGAAGAGGAGCAAAACAAUGGCGCUUCUUCAUCAAGCCUGUGAAAAAUGGGGCUUCUUUCAAGUUGAGAACCGUGGGAUUGACAAAAAGUUGAUGGAGAAAGUGAAGCACUUAUUAAAUACACACUAUGAGGAAAACUUGAAGGAAAGCUUCUAUGGGUCUGAGAUAGCCAAAAGCUUAGAGAAAGGAAAUACCUCUGAUAUAGACUGGGAAAGCAGCUUUUUCAUUUGGCAUCAACCAACAUCUAACAUCAACAAAAUUGCAAACCUUUCGGAGGAUCUCCACGAAACAAUGAAUGAAUACAUAGCUCAACUGGUUGAGCUAGCAGAGAAGCUUUCUGAGCUCAUGUGCGAGAAUCUUGGUUUGGAGAAGGGUUACAUAAUGGAAGCAUUCUCGGGGAGCAAAGGUCCUUCUGUGGGGACAAAAGUGGCAAAGUACCCUGAAUGUCCUUAUCCAGGGCUUGUUAGAGGACUUCGAGAGCACACUGAUGCUGGUGGAAUUAUACUCUUACUCCAAGAUGACCAAGUCCCAGGUCUUGAAUUCUUCAAAGAUGGAGAAUGCGUAGAGAUUCCACCAUCCAAGAAUAACACCAUCUUUGUGAACACAGGAGACCAAGUGGAAGUAUUGAGUAAUGGAAGGUAUAGAAGUGCCUUGCACCGAGUCAUGGCUGACAAGAGUGGGAGCAGACUCUCUAUUGCUACCUUCUACAAUCCUGCUGGUGAUGCCAUUAUCUCUCCAGCUUCAAAACUCUUAUAUCCCAAUCACUUUCGUUUUCAAGAUUACCUGAAGCUUUAUGCCACCACAAAGUUUUCAGACAAGGGUCCCAGAUUUGAGUCCAUGAAGAACAUGGCUAAUGGUCACCAUAGUGUCACUGCCUAGAAGUACCCAUUACUUGGAAUAUAUAUGCAUCACUCAAUCAUGGGCGUCUGUCAGUUUCUGUUAUUGUUAUACUUUCUUCAUGUUUUGUUUUUGGUCCAGCUAGCGCAAAUGUUAUGUUUUUCAAUUCUCAAUAGAGGGAAGAUAUGAUGCUUCUAUCCCUUUACUCCA